UUUACUUCCGGAUCGCUCUUGUGUACGACGCGUUUGGUCAAGUUGGACGUGUGGAAUAACAAAAUCAUCAUUGGUUUAUUAAUAUUUGAUUCAUCGCAUUGAUUUUCAUAGACAUUUAAUCUGUGAUAUAAUUCAUUUUAUGACAGUUUGCCGUUCCUUUUGAGAAAAACUGGUAUUUUGGUGGACGCGUUGUCUAGCAGUGUGAGGAGGCCGUCGCGUGGGGGACAAUGUCACGUCCACGAUCGAGAUCUCCAGUAUAUUCAAGAAUACCAACCCUUCAUGGUAGAAGAGCAGAUGGAUUCUUUGGUGGCCAGAUACAUUCAUCAGUAGCGGCUGAUGCAUGGAGAAACACGGAAUAUGACAACAGAGCUGAAAGUAACACACAGUGGAACAAAGAUUCAUUUCAGGGAGACCAGCACGUUGACCACUGGGCCAAAUUUAUUGAUGCGAUAGAGCAUGCUCAACAAAGAGAGGCUUUGCCUAUGUCUACAUCCCACAUGCCGGGUAAUGAAGAAAGGCCACCCAGCUCUCCAAGAAGACUGCCUAGGGAGAGGUUACCGUCCCCUGAUCAUGCACGUUUUGAUAUGGAAGAGCGUUAUAGGAUGUCAGGAACACCAGACUGGAACAGAAGUGAAGAAUCAGACAAACAUCUUGGCAGGCAUGAGCACAGUUUACAGCAGAACCAAAGAGAAUCAAGAGACAGGUCCCAUCCAGGACAUUCAGAAGCAAGAAGAUACGACAGGACAGAAUUUGAAUUUUGUGAUGAAGAACAUGGCAAUCAGUUUCAUGAAAGAGGCUCCUUUUCAGAGAGGUCGUCAAAGUCAGAUUUUAGGGAGCAUCAACUGUCUUCUCAAAGUUUUACGCACUUGGGUCAGCAGAAUGAGUACAGUGAAGAUCACAGGGGCUUAAGCCAACGUCGCCCACCUGUCAUCGUGGAGCAUGAUCACGGAAUUUCAAAACGUCAGCCAAGAAACCAGGUCCGAGAUCCUCCAAGAACGAAUGACCGUCCAAGGAGCAGAGAUCCACCUAGGAGAAAUGAAGCCCAGAGGAAGCGGGAACCUCAACGAGAUAGGAGAGAUCAAGGUCAUCACGCACAUACCUUACAAGGUAGGCACAGCAAAGCACUAAACAGUAACGUCCGAGAAGACUCAAGAAGACACUUCGCAUCGUAUGUAGGAGAAAGUCAGGUGAGAGACAGAUCACGUCACAUGGAUCAUACCAGAACGGAGUCACACUCAAGAGAUUUGGAUGGACGACGGGAAACGGAGGAGGACGGUAUAAAUGAUAUUGAUUUGCGAACCGAAAGGAGUCGCAGAGAAAGAGACCGUGAUUGGGACGCCGAGGAAUUUCGAGGGAAUAAUAGGAGAAUGAUGGAACAAGCAGAGGUUCCUCAAAGAGCUCCGUAUCAAAGGAAUCCAAACACUAAGGGUGGUCAUGUGUCUAGAAUGGAUUUUGGUGAACAGGAGACCCUGAAGAUCAAGGUGGACAUGAGUCGUCACGUCGGGAAUAGCAGCUAUUCAGGAUAUUCUUCAGAUAGGCAGAUAUCACUGGACUUGGUCAAUGUGGGUCGACAGCGCCUUGACUUCCUGCCUAUGCUGGAGCAUUCUGGGACGUAUAGGGAAUCGGCAGUGCAUUCUGGGACAUUUGCACAGGAGAUCAUCACGCUUGUGCAUCAGGUCAAAGAAAAUUACUUUAAGGGUCAAGGCAUUACACUAAGUGAACGGUUUGCAAGUGAACAGUUUUAUUCACUUCAGAAUGAGUUUAAGGACGAGGAGGAUGAAGAGAUGGAAAGUCUCAGACCAGUCAUGAAUCGGCAGUUAGGAGGGCCUUUAUCAGAAACGCAGAUCUUCUGUAAGAUAGGUGCAGAGCCUCCUCAAACACAGCAGCUUGUGCCUGACCCUGGUGACCUAAGAUACGACCUGGAGCGCAGAAGACAGCAGAGACUUGAGGGCGUGAAGAUCACCAUAGCUGGGGGCAGCUUCACUCAAAUUGCUCCUAAGAGCCAAGGAAGUGAGCGUCCUUAUGCGAAUGAAAAUCUUGACCGAUCAGAAGGAAACUUUGGCUGGUCUGUACAGCAACCUGAAAGACAGAGGCAGUGGAAUGGUCCCCGUCAAAGAGCACCAGCCCCUAACAGACAAAACUUCAAUCAGAGGGGCAAUUUCAAUCGCAACAACAGAGCAGGUGACCGGAGGACUUGAAACAGGUGGUUUCAUGCUUGUCAAGAGAGAGAUCUGGUUAAUUCUGAGGUCACUUGCACAUGGUUUUGUACUUAACAUUUGAAUCACUAUGAUUUUCAUUCAUAAGCUCAUAUGCUUUGAGGAUUGAGAAGAGGACGUAUGAGAAUGAUGUAAAUUAAGAGUUUGUCUCUUUUUUUCCAACUGUCAUCCUGGAACAUGUUAAUACAACACACUUCAUUGUCUGUGGCAGCAAUACGAUUCAUAAUUAUCAAUUGUAAUACAUCUGUUUCAUAGGCACAUUAUUUUGAUUCACGUGUACUUCAAGUUAUCACAAUGAAUGUGGCAGUUAAUGAACUAUUGCAGAAAUAACAUCAGUGCCUUAUCUUCCCGAUCAUCCAGCUUGUCACAUUGUUGGUAAAUAUAAAAAAUAAAGUGUUGAUUCAAAAA